CGGGAGGAGAGAGUCAUUCGUUUGGGAUCGUGAGAGAGAGAGAAAUAGAGGCACGGAGAAGGAGAAGAAAAGGGAGGAAGAGGGAGAGAAGCAGACAAGGACACCUCGUCAGGCGUGUAGUUUGAAUCCCUUCCUUGCCUCCCCCUUCCCCUCCGCGAUGUUACAAAGGCUGUGAGCUGCUCGGCUUUUCCCAUUCGCCUGCUGUCACUUCCUUCCUGGACGCUCUCAGGACGAGUCCGGUUACUUUUAAUCCGACCAGCAGCUCAGCCACUUUCUCCUCCUCCACGCUGCACACACGCAGACACGCGCGCACACACACACACACACACACCAGACGUCUUCUGGCUGCUUAUUGGAUUGACUUUGAAGGUUGUGUGUGUGAUUCAAGGAGGCUGCAUGUUGAACUGGGUGGUGAAUAUUUAAGGCUGGAAGAAGUAAAGGGAUUUUUCUUUUUCCUGUGAAAGGAAAAUUUCUCAAGGACUAGUCUGAUCAUCCAAACAGCUAAAUGUUUAUAAUGAACGGAUGCAGAGGACUGUGAACUGAAUAGUGCAAGUGCUGAAGAAGGAGACUUGUUUUGAGGAAACAGGAAAGAGGAAGAAAAGAGAAGGGAAAAAUACAUAAUUUUAAGGAAGAAGGAGAGAAAAAAAAACGGGGGCUAUGGGGAGAAAAAAGAUUCAGAUUACAAGGAUUAUGGAUGAGCGUAACAGACAGGUGACAUUUACGAAGAGGAAAUUUGGGUUAAUGAAGAAGGCUUAUGAGUUGAGUGUUCUGUGUGACUGCGAGAUUGCUCUAAUAAUCUUCAACAGCACCAACAAACUGUUCCAGUAUGCCAGCACGGAUAUGGACAAAGUAUUGCUGAAGUAUACUGAGUAUAAUGAGCCACAUGAGAGUCGAACGAAUUCAGAUAUUGUUGAGACGUUGAGAAAGAAAGGACUUAAUGGCUGUGACAGUCCAGACCCUGAUGCAGACGAUUCAGCAUUGAACAAGAAAGAAAACAAAGGUUGUGAAAGCCCCGAUCCUGACUCCUCUUACGCUCUCACCCCACGCACUGAAGAAAAAUACAAAAAAAUUAAUGAAGAAUUUGAUAAUAUGAUCAAGAGCCAUAAAAUACCUGCUGUUCCACCACCAAACUUUGAGAUGCCAGUUUCUAUCCCAGUGUCCAACCACAGCAGUCUGGUAUACAGUAAUCCAGUCAGCUCACUGGGAAACCCCAAUCUUUUGCCACUGGCCCAUCCUUCUUUGCAAAGAAAUAGCAUGUCUCCUGGCGUGACACAUCGGCCUCCGAGUGCAGGUAACACAGGUGGCCUGAUGGGUGGGGACCUCACUACCGGUGCAGGCACCAGUGCAGGAAAUGGUUAUGGCAACCCCCGCAACUCACCAGGUCUGCUGGUCUCACCUGGCAACUUGAACAAGAAUAUGCAAGCAAAAUCUCCGCCUCCAAUGAAUUUGGGAAUGAACAAUCGUAAACCAGAUCUCCGUGUGCUUAUUCCACCUGGCAGCAAGAAUACAAUGCCAUCAGUGAAUCAGAGGAUAAAUAACUCCCAGUCUGCUCAGUCAUUGGCUACUCCAGUGGUUUCCGUAGCAACUCCUACUCUACCAGGGCAAGGGAUGGGAGGAUACCCAUCAGCCAUCUCAACAACAUAUGGUACUGAAUAUUCUCUGAGUAGUGCAGAUAUAUCAUCUCUCUCUGGAUUUAACACAGCCAGUGCUCUUCAUCUUGGUUCUGUGACUGGCUGGCAACAGCAACACCUACAUAACAUGCCGCCAUCUGCCCUCAGUCAACUGGGAGCUUGCACUAGCACUCAUUUAUCUCAGAGUACAAAUCUCUCCCUGCCUUCUACUCAAAGCCUCAACAUCAAGUCAGAACCUGUUUCUCCUCCUAGAGACCGUACCACCACCCCCUCGAGAUACCCACAGCACACGCGCCAUGAGGCGGGGAGAUCUCCCGUCGACAGCUUGAGCAGCUGCAGCAGUUCCUACGACGGGAGCGACCGAGAAGACCACCGGAAUGAAUUCCACUCCCCCAUUGGACUCACCAGACCUUCGCCGGACGAAAGGGAAAGCCCCUCUGUCAAGCGCAUGCGGCUGUCUGAAGGAUGGGCGACAUGAUAGCAUUAUUACCUAUUAGGUUUUUUUUUUUUCUUGCAGUGUGUGUGUGCUAUACCUUAAUGGGGUAGGGGGGGUCGAUAUGCAUUAUAUGUGCCGUGUGUGGAAAAAAAAAGUCAGGUACUCUGUUUUGUAAAAGUACUUUUAAAUUGCCUCAGUGAUACAGUAUAAGGAUAAACAGAAAUGCUGAGAUAAGCUUAGCACUUGAGUUGUACAACAGAACACUUGUACAAAAUAGAUUUUAAGGCUAACUUCUUUUCACUGUUGUGCUCCCUUGCAAAAUGUAUGUUACAAUAGAUAGUGUCAUGUUGCAGGUUCAACGUUAUUUACAUGUAAAUAGGCAAAAGGAAAACGUCUGCCAGAAGUGGCAGACCUUUACUGAGAGAGAAAGCAGCUGUUAUGCAACAUAUAGAAAAUGUACAGAUGUUUUGACAGACCCAGUGGUUGGGUGGCUGUGAAUCCAUGCUAGAAAGAGACUGGGUCACCUAACACACCGAAAACGCUCAAAGCCAUGUGGGCAUAUCUUUGGAGUAUGGCACUCAGUUAAGAAGGAUCAAAGCAUUUGAAGAGGACCAUACUUGUAAAAAAAAAAAAAAUCGAGUUCGAGGGCUAACAUAUUUAAUUUUAAAAAUUCUGGGUCUGCAUCACUUAUUAAAUAAAAAAAAAUAUAAAAAUAUGUACAUUACAUUUUGCUUAUUUUCAUAUUAAAAAGUAAGACAGAGUUUGCAAAGCAUUUGUGGCUUUUGUAGUUUCCCUAAGCCAAAAUGUGUUCUUUUUUCCUUGAUAGCUUCGCUAAUCUUUUAAACAGUCCUGAUGAAAACAGAGGACUUUUUGUAUAGAAAGCACUACCCUAAGCCAUGAAGAACUCCAUGCUUUGCUAACCAAGAUAACUGUUUUCUCUUUGCAGAAGUUUUGUUUUUGAAAUGUGUAUUUCUAAUUAUAUAAAAUAUUAAGAAUCUUUUAAAAAAAAUCUGUGAAAUUAACAUGCUUGUGUAUAGCUUUCUAAUAUAUAUAAUAAUUAUGGUAAUAGCAAAAGUUUUUGUUAUCUUAAUAGUGGGGAAUUAUAUUUGUGCAGUUGCACAUUUAACUAUUUUCUUUUGGUUUUAUUUUACUGGGCAUACAUUUUACAGAUCAAAAUCAUGUCUUGGAAGACUGAUCUGUAAAAAGUUUGAAUUUACCCAUGGUGUAACAACUGAAACCAUUUUAAUACAACAUUUUACAAUCAGUUGAGUGAACUGCGAUUCAUUGUAUAUACUGAUUAGUUCUUUCAUGAUGUUUUGUGCAUUGUAACAAGUUGAGGGCCCUUCUAUAACCUACGUCCUGCGUAUCUUGUAGAUUUCCAUGGGUUAAAUGGCAAAGUGGCAUCGCUUGACCCUUCCUUCCUCAUCAGCGAAGCUGGUAUUCUGCCUGUUAGAAUUGGAUGUACAGCUCUAACGGCCAUCGGUUGCGUGAGUGCAGGUGAACAUUUCCAGAGGCAGCAGGGAGAGCAAGAAGUGAGGGAUUAGCACAAUCCCGCCUGUUGUGAAGUCCCCUCUCUCGCAGACGUAAAACCUGCAGAGAGAUCAUCAAUUAAAGGACCAUUCCAAAGUCCAUCUAUCGUACCCCACCAAUACUGGCCACCAGGCCGCUGUAGAUGUCACAGCCCUCACAGUCACGUCUUGCAGUAGGGAUGCUGUUGAACAAAGCUGCCUGUGUAUUUACAACCCAAAGCGAUUCACUUCUGCAUAUGGCGCCCACCCUUUCUCCUGCCUCGUAUUGUUCCUUUGACUGAACUUGCUUCACCAGAAGGGAUAUAUCAUUGUUUUAAGUUCUUGUCCGUCCCUCUUGCUUAUUAGAAGAAAAUGGUAUACUCAAAUGUUUCAGCUUAACCUUCCUGUGGGAAGGAAACUUUGUUCAAGCAACAUGCUAGUGCCAUUGUAGAACUGUAAUACUUCUUUCCAAAAGUUGUUCCAGCUCUCACUCACAUACCUUGAGACUAUGAUGAAGGACAUAACUGCAACAGCGAAAUAUCGACACAGAAAACAUUUUGUUAAGGGAAAUCCACACCCUAUUUCCCUUCUACAUGUGCAGUUGCUGUGCACUGCUCAGCGGUAGAGGUUACCUCCCUGUAGCAGCAAACAACUAACAGAUGACAGCGUGCGCUAGGACAUACGCUUUCCACUUACUGUGACUUACAGAAGCCUGCCUUACAGGCACUCUCAGCCAUGCAGGGGCUAGUGCAUAAUCUGGGAACUAUCUAAGCAGAAUACUGUGCUAACAAGGCAUACAUCUUAUCUCGCGUAGAGGUCAGCAGGGUAAAGAAACAGAUACGCAUGUUAAAAAAAAAAUUAAAAAAAUAGAAAAUGGGGCCCAUAAUUAAUUUUAAAACACAAAACUGCUUUUCAAAACCACUUUCUUCACCUUCAGAUGAAUCUACAGUCAUAUUCUCUUAUGAGAAUUUUAAACUUUGGUGUGUCAAAAAUAUGCAAAUAUAUCACAAAUGUAUACUUUGACAUUUCAACGAGAAGUACAACUUUAUCAGUAUUGUAGUAGAAACUUGUCAGUGGGGAAGGGGAUUUGGUCUAUUGAAAUAUGAAGAAUAGCCAUAUAAAUAGUUUACCUUGCGAUUUGCCUCAGCAACGCAUGAAGAAGAAAAGAUAACAUAUUUAAGGAAGAUGCAGUGUAAUAUAUUACUGCAAGUAACUAAGCGGAAAGUAGCGUGAAACGUAUUGCCUGGGCAAUGUAUAUUAACUCUGACAGUGAUUUUUAUAUAAACAUGAAUAGAAUAGAAUCACAUGAAGAUCAAUGCCAGUCAUCCCUCUUGUUCCUGCUACUGAGGGCAACUAACAUGUACUGGCGAAAUUGUGGGGGAUAAUGCAUAUUUGCAAACUGAUCUAAUGAUAAGAAGCACAACUUUGAUUGUGAAGUCACUUUCUGUAAACUAUAACUGUCUACCUUUCUCUGUUCUUUUAUCUGUACCUUACCAUUUAUUGUAUUUGCAAAGCUUAUUUGGGUUUAUUGUGUGAUUCCUUUGUAUUUAAGGAGUUUGGGGCAGAGCCCUGAAAGAGUAUUAACAUUUACUUUACCUUAACCCGUGCUAUAUAAUGUUUUAGGCAACAUUCUUAAUUGCAAGUUCAAACACCUGAAGUGGCAUUCUAGACAUCUGCAAGUAUUGUUAUAGCUAAGUUAACCUCUAUUAAAAGGUGUUGUUGUUUAGUGUUUAAUUGCUGGUGACAAUUAUAUGAUAUACUCAAUCUGCACAAUCUGUAUAUUGUAUGCAUUGAGCCAUUCACAGUAAAGCUUUUAUCAUUUCAGUGUUUUUCAAAAGUUGUGUUUUAUAAUGAAAUGGCUUAUAUUUUUCCCAGAAGAGGAAUUUAGCAGUUUUUAAUGAAUAAUAUAAAAAUAUCUGUUGUCCUCAGAUCUCUUUUUCAGGUAAAGCUAACGUAAGAAUAGAAGAACUCUUAGACAGUUUUCAAGGAUGUCAACCCUUUUGUAUUGUACGUGUUAUCCUAUAUACCCUCUUUUACCUAUAGUCCUAACAGAGCUGUUUUGUUUUCCUUUCUCCUUCGCCUUGAAGGUAAAUGCUUUGUAAUUUUUUAAAAGCCACUUGAAACCUCAAUAAAGGCUGUUGCCUAAGCAUGGCAUACUUCAUCUGUUCCUGUUUGUGCCAUCUGCUGUGAUGUCGUCAGUUAUAUGGCAUUAAUUUCCUGCCACUACAGGUCUCUCGAAGGACUGAUGGAACAUUGGUGUCUGUUAGAAUGCUUCAGACUGUAGAUGUAAUAAAAGGCUUUUGUUAAUAUAUUUUAACCAAAGAUGUGGAGCAAUCCAAGCUUUGAGCCACAGACCUUCUGCAUCAAAAGUAUCCAUUUGAUUAUUUUCAUAAUCAGGUGUUGCAUUUUUACCUUCCUCGCUCAUACCUCAGACUGAUCCAUACCUCAGUUUGAAUCAAAAAAUCAGUUUAGUAACGCAUUAAAAAAAAAAAAAAUUACAGUACCUGAGUCUUUUGUGGAGUAUCUAAUGUCAGACCUGGGUCACUGCAGGCAUUACACUUGGAUUGCUUCAGAUGGUUUGUUGUAUCCUUUUUCUUUUUCUUUUUUUUUCUUCUCUUUCAUGGGGAUCUGCUUCCAUAAAACAAUGGUGAUAACAAAAGAGCUUGUAAAUGGGAGCAUACAAGCAUUUGCAACAAAUAUUAAAAUAGAGGCUCACAGCGGCAUAAGCUGGACUUUGUCGCCACUAGAUGACAAGAUGUUAUAACUAAGUUAAACCACAUCUGUGUAUCUCAAGGGACUUAAUUCAGCUGUCUGUAGUGAACAAAAAUGGAAAAAUUUCAAAAGAUUCUCCUGCUGGAAAUAAGGUAUAAUUUGUAUUUUGCAGACAAAUCAGUAAAGUUACUGGCUUUCUUAGUGA